AUGUCAUUCUUUUCCAAUCCAAGUCUACUUCCUGUUUCGUCCAAUUACAAGCAGGGAGUCUCUGUACGGCCUAAAGUCCACCAGUCUAAAGAUCGACCCAACCACUACCCUUGGUUCAGACUUGCAGUUACGCCAGAAGACGAAGCUUUACAAUUCUUUUUUCAUCAUUACGUUGUGCCCGAGUCUGGACGGUCCCCCACUCAUCCCGACUGCCACGGCAUCAUCUACAAACGAGCAACAGGACCCGGGUACUUGGCCGACCUCAUCAAUGCUGUCGGACUAGCCGGUCUAGCGUACAUGAGGAGUAAGCCCACUCUCAUCUCUGUAGCGAGCCAGGCGUUAUCUCGCGCGCUUCACGGCAUAUGUGCCGCACUCAUGGACCCCAGUGAAGCAUCAUCCGACCAGAUGCUAGUCGCUGUAAUGCUUCUGGCGUGGUAUGAAACCUCCACUUUUGGCUCCAACGCGAACUUGAGCUCAUGGAGUAGACACGUCGAUGGGGCCUUGUCAUUAAUACAGCUCCGAGGAGGAGGCCAGUUACGCAACAGGAUCGGCCGAAGUAUUUUUCUUCAUUUACGCACUGAGAUCCUCAUCGACUGCCUCCAGCGAGGGCUGCGGGUACCAAAGGUCUUGACAGACUAUAUGGCCGAGGCUCGCAGUAAUGAAACAGAACAAGAAGCGCCUGCUGCUCGGUUAGGAGACAUUAUUGUCAACGUCUGCGCCGUUUUAGCCUUAGCUAAGGAAGAGAUUACGGACGAGAUGAAUUUGUCUUCGUAUGUUUCAGCACUCUUGUCGAUUGAUACAGAUCUCAAGGAAUGGGCCCAAAACCUCCCAGUUGAAUAUGAGUACAAGACUCGAACCCAUCCAAGCGCUCGGGAAGAAGCAGAAGUUUUUAUGGGACGAUAUGAUAUAUAUUCCAGUGUGGAGAUCGCCAACACAUGGAAUUUACAACGCUGUGCGCGUAUUAUUCUCCGCCAGGCACUCGUUGAAGCAAUAUCGAAUCGCUUGCCCAUCUCGUCUUCGCUGUCGAUCCUAUCUUCUUUCCCUGUAUCAUACACAGACCUACUCCUCAGUUCAGAAACUAUUAUACAAGAGAGCUCCAGUGAUAUAUGCGACAGUGUCCCAUAUAUCUUGCAUAUUGACGUGGCAGGCAAGUCGAGCGACCUACGAGCCGCUCAUGCUGUACAUCUAUUAUGGCCACUUUAUAUCACAGGAACAACACAUACUGCCACUGAUGCUUUGCGGCAUUGGGUUGUAUCAACGAUGGAAGAUAUCAAGGAUGCUACAGGGAUUCAAAAGGCAAAGCUCAUAGCGUUGUCUCUACAGCAGCGGUGCUCCGAGGCGGUGACAUUUACGUGCAUAGGUUAA